AUUUAUAGAGUUAUAUCAACCCACUUUAACUCACACUUGAAAACACUCACACUGCUUAAAAACUACAAGUCUACAACAUAACUUCCUUUCAUGAAAGUGAGGAAUAACUCAACUGUUUAGAGUUUCUCCUCCGGUUCUAAAUUCUAAGAGAUUCUGGAAUUGAUUCUUCCCCACCCGCCCUUUGGUCUCUAAACACCAAAAUAAACAUAACCUCCUUUCAUCACCAUUCACCCAUGGAAGCACAAACUUGGGUCGCGUAUGGUCUGUUUUCCGUAAUCUUUGUAUACCUCAUUAACCACCUUUGUCGCGGCAACCAUAAGCUCAACCUUCCACCAGGACCAAAACCAUGGCCAAUCAUCGGAAACUUCGACCUUAUUGGACCUCUACCCCAUCACUCAAUCCAUGAGCUCUCUAAAAUAUAUGGGCCAAUAAUGACCCUCAAAUUUGGGUCAGUACCAGUGAUAGUGGGCUCAUCUGUUGAAAUGGCAAAAUCUAUACUUAAAACUAAUGAUGAAAUAUUUGCUGGGAGACCAACAACCGCAGCAGGCAAAUAUACAACUUAUAAUUACUCAAAUAUGACAUGGUCUCAUUAUGGUCCAUAUUUUCGACAAGCGCGAAAAUUGUGGUCUAUGCAUCUUUUCAGUGCCAAGAGCCUUGAAUCAUACGAGUACAUUAGAGUAGAAGAACAUAAUUCUCUGUUAAGAAGCAUUUUUAACACUAAUGGCGAACCCAUAACGUUAAAAGAUUACCUCUCGAAGUUGAGCCUAAAUGUGAUUAGUAGGGUGGUGUUAGGGAAAAGGUACUUAGACAAAUGUAAUGAUAACGAUGUCGAUGGUCAAGUAAAUAAGAUUGACGACGAAUUUAGUUUAAUGCUUGAUGAAUUGUUCAUACUAAAUGGGGUGUUAAAUCUUGGUGAUUGGAUACCUUGUGUUAAGUACCUUGAUAUUCAAGGUUAUGAGAAAAGAAUGAAGAUAAUUGGUAAAAAGUUUGAAAGGUUUAUGGAGCAUGUGUUGGAUGAACAUAAUGCUAGGAGGGAAAAUGAGAAGGAUAAUUGGGUGCCUAAAGAUAUGGUUGAUGUGCUAUUACAACAUGGUAAUGAUUCCAAUCAUCAAGUUAAGAUUGACAGAAAUGGAGUCAAGGCAUUUACCCAGGAUUUAAUUGCGGGAGGUACAGACACUUCUACAAUUACUCUAGAGUGGGCAAUCACUGAACUCAUAAGAAGACCAGACAUCAUUGCCAAGGCAACAGAAGAGCUUGAUCAUGUUAUAGGUAAGGAAAGAUGGGUCCAAGAGCAAGAUAUACAAAAUUUACCAUAUAUUCAAGCAAUAGUGAAAGAAACACUGAGGUUGCACCCAGUUACACCGUUGCUUGUGCCUCGAUUUUCGAGGGAGCAAGUGAAAGUUGAAGGUUAUGACAUUCCUAAGGGUUCAGUUGCUCUUGUGAAUACUUUCACCAUACACAGAGACCCUAGUGUGUAUGACAAGCCUCUUGAGUUUUGGCCUGAUAGAUUUAUUGACAAGGAUAUAGAUGUCAAAAGUCAAGAUUUCGAAUUUUUACCUUUUGGUUCAGGAAGAAGGAAGUGUCCAGGGUAUAAUCUUGGCUUGAAGAUUGUUGAACCUGGUUUAGCCAAUCUUCUUCAUGGAUUUGAAUGGAAAUUGCCUGAUAACAUUAAACCUCAAGAUAUGGAUAUGGAAGAGAUUUUUGGUCUCACUAAUCCUAAGAAAACUCCUGUUGUUGUUUGUGCUCAACCAAGGCUUCCGCAUUAUAUAUAUUGUAAGUGACCACCCAAGGCGGCUUUCUCGUGUAUUGUUAGUCAUCACCAAUUCGAUCUUCCUCUUAUUAUAUGUCAUCAACUUCAACACCACAAGAGUUCAGCUCAAGUAGUAUGAAGGAUCAACCUCUAUGUACUUUCUUUAUGAGAGGUCUUGGGUUCGAGUUGAUUCAUCUUUGGGUUGAGACCCAUGAAUGUCCACUUCAUUAUCUAGCAAAACAAUGUAAUUUUUUUCAUGUUAUCUUUUCUGUCUCCUAAAAUCAAAUACAUUUCUUUGUUUCAAUGAAAAGGUAAGUACGUAAUUUAAAGAUUUAACGGAGGGAGUAUAUAUUUGUCAUCUUGUCCCAGCG